GUACCCUCGUGUCUCCCAGUAUGUCCCAGUAUCACUCCCAGUCCUCCUCGUGCCACCUCAGUGUUCCCAGUACUCCCAGUAUUCCCCACUCUGUCCCAGUAUCACUCCCAGUUUUCCCAGUCCCUCCCAGUGCCCCCCCCCAGGCCAAACCUCCGUUCUGGCCCCGCCCCCUUCAUUGGCCCCGCCCCCUCCCAUUUUUCCCCCUUCCCCAUUUCCAGUUCCUCGUGGCUGCUCUGGGAAGGGUCAAAGGUCACGGAAUGGAGCGGGAAAGUCUCGGGGCACUGGUGAUACUGGGAGUUCUGUCCCUGGCCAGAGGAGACCCCCCCGAUGCUGCCAGUCCCUUCCAUUAUGACUGGUGUCACCUGCGCGUCGGUGGCCUCGUGGUGGCCGCGGUGCUGAGCGCGGUCGGGAUCAUCGUCCUGUUCAGUGGGAUGUGCAAGUGCCGGAGCAAGGCCAGCCGCCGACGCCCGCCCCCGGAGCUGUCACCUGUACCUGGGACAGGAGCCGCCAGCUCGUGCUGAGCUGUCCCCAAAAUGUCCUGAAAUGUCCCCAGAAUGUCUCCAGAAAAGGACAAUGAAUAAAAUUG